AUGAUAGUUUCAGGGUAUCACCGAUCCCACGCCGGGUAUUCAUCAUGUGAUGAAAAUCAUUUUGAAUGUAAACCUGGAGAAUGUAUAAAAAAAACAUGGGUCUGCGAUGGACAAAAAGAUUGUUCAAAUAAUUCAGAUGAAGAUAUGUGUAAAGCUUUUCUUAAAGAAUUUAAAAUUUAUAAAAAUAAAAAAAUGCAACGUAAUUCAAACGAAAUGUGGCCAAACAUAAAUGAAAACAUGUGCGCAAAAUUAUGUUUGAAAAAUAAAAAUUUCAAAUGUAAAUCCUUUAGCUUUGAUUUGAAAAAUAUGUCAUGUCUUCUAAGCGACAGUAAUAUCGGAUUGUCUGGACAAGUUAUUAACCAAAAAAAUUGGGCUUAUUACGAAGUUAUAAAAGAAUCCCUACAAUGUAAAUUAGAAGAUGGAUUUUAUGGUUGUCUUAAUGGAAAAUGUAUAAACAUAUCAAAUGUUUGCGAUGGUAAAAAUCAUUGCGGUGAUGGUUCAGAUGAAAAUAAUUGCGAAAAACUUGGCUAUGGAAUAAGAUUGGCCGGAAGUAAUGAAAAAUUUAAAGGGAGAGUAGAAAUAAGAAUUUUAGGAAAAUGGGGAGUUAUAUGUGACGACAUGUUUGAUUUAAGGGAUGCUGAUGUUGUAUGUAGAGAAUUAGGUUUUCGACUUGGAGCAGCCGAAGUGCUACAACAUUCACAUUUUCCCCUUAAAAAUCCAUUAUUUUUAGUUGAUGAUUUAGAUUGUUAUGGAAAUGAAACAUCCAUAAAGGAAUGCACGUUUCCGGGAUGGGGUAAACACAAUUGCGGAGCUCAAGAAACCGUUGGAGUGAUUUGUAAAGUUCCUGGAGUUGAGUGUGCCAAUGGUCAAUGGCAAUGUAAACGUAGUAAAGAAUGUAUAUCCAUUCCCUAUCUUUGCGAUGAUAUUCCAGAUUGCGAUGAUAAUUCGGACGAAGAUCGAGAAAUGUGUAAAGCAAGUUGUAACCUGUAA